AUGAGCUCUCAACCAAAAUCAACAAUGUCUCGUAAAUUUUCCGUAUUUAACAAAAAGUUUUCCAGCGAAGAAUUCUACCUUCACCAAAGCUGUGCUUUGUCUUCUAAUUCCACGAUAACAACAAAAACGAACAGUACUCUUCCUCUACUCGACGGUGAUCAAUUCUGGCCUAGCUCUACUCCAUCGCCAUCAACUUCAUUAGCUACACAUUUUAACAAAAAAUCACACUAUUCAUACAACGACGCGGUCUCACUUCCUCCUAUUCAAGAAAUUCCUUGUGAAAAUCAGACUACAUUUUCUGCUCCUGUCUCAGCAAUUGAGCGACUAUCGAAACCUUCCAGUCCAGCCAAGAGAUUCUUAGGCAAGAUUGUGAAAAAACUAAAGCCACAAGAUCUUUUACGUAAACGACGUGGUUCUGACUCAAGCCAAACUAGUAUCGAAUCUCCUGGGUCAAGCGAAAGUUACGAAAGUUCGGAUGGAUUUCCAUUUGAUCAGCUACCAAUAACGAUGAUAUCAACUCGUUGCGACGAAAGUUCUACCUCAAACAAACAAUAUAAAUUUUAUAAAAAACGAUCGCAAAAGAAAAGACGUAUUCUCAAACAAGAAAGUGCGACAAGUUCAACUUUGUCACUUUCCGAUAUAAUCCCAAUCUCACCAAAUCCAGUUGCUCGUUCCAAACACCAUAGUUUCUCUUAUCCACCCCAUUUUCUAGCCCAUCCUUUCCUGAGCCCAGACGAGAAAACAAUGUGCACAGUUCGCACAAUAAAUUUUUCCGUAAAUAUUUAUUGGUCAUGGCCGGGAACUUUGUAUCUUUCGCUCCCACGUACAACGUCUUUUCACCAAUUCAAAUAUGCGGUGUCACGCGAACUUGGAUAUUUAUUACCAAAAAACGCACUAAUUUUUGAAGAUGGUCGACUCGGAUGUGGUCUGGGGUAUGUGUAUGCUAUUGUGGCCAGAAGAUGUGGAAUUGACUAUUAUGGUAUCCCACUAAAUUUAUUUGAUUGA